AUGGCCUCGUCUCCGCCCGGUCAACCACCCCAGUUAACAAUCCCCAGCGCUGAUACGCUCAGCAAGCGCUUGCAGAGAAGCCAUAGAGCUGCCCGAGAUCGGUUCCAGCACCAGGCGCCGCAGGCCGCAGAACAAGUUCGAGAGCUAGAAAUGGCGCCGGCUUCGUCGUUCCCGAUCAUCGACAUGGGGCUGCUGGCCGGGGAGGAGCGACCCGCGGCCAUGGACCUGCUGCAUGACGCAUGCGAGAACUGGGGAUUCUUCCAGGUCCUGGACCACGGCAUCUCGACGGAGCUGAUGGACGAGGUGGAGAAGAUGACCAAGGGGCACUACAAGAGGGUGCGCGAGCAGAGGUUCCUCGAGUUCGCGAGCAAGACGCUGCAGGACGGCGGCAGGGCGGCGGAGAACCUGGACUGGGAGAGCACCUUCUUCGUGCGCCACCUCCCGGAGCCCAACAUCGCCGAGAUACCUGACCUCGACGACGACUACCGGCGGGUGAUGAAGCAGUUCGCGUCGGAGCUGGAGAGGCUGGCGGAGCGGCUGCUGGACCUGCUCUGCGAGAACCUCGGCCUCGAUAAAGGGUACCUCACGCGCGCGUUCCGGGGCUCCAACGGCGCCCCCACCUUCGGCACCAAGGUCAGCAGCUACCCGCCGUGCCCGCGCCCGGACCUCGUCAAGGGCCUCCGCGCCCACACCGACGCCGGCGGCAUCAUCCUGCUCUUCCAGGACGACCGCGUCGGCGGGCUCCAGCUGCUCAGGGGCGGCGAGUGGGUGGACGUGCCGCCCACGCGCCACUCCAUCGUGGUCAACCUGGGCGACCAGCUGGAGGUGAUCACCAACGGCAGGUACAAGAGCGUGGUCCACCGCGUGGUCGCGCAGGCCGACGGCAACCGGAUGUCCAUCGCCUCCUUCUACAACCCGGCUGGCGACGCGGUGAUCUUCCCGGCGCCGGCGCUGGUGGAGGCGGAGGCGGCGGGCGGGGCGUACCCGAGGUUCGUGUUCGAGGACUACAUGAAGCUGUACGUGCGCCACAAGUUCGAGGACAAGGAGCCCAGGUUCGAGGCCUUCAAGUCCAUGGACAGCCACAGCUCCAACCUCAUCGCCACCGCUUAG